AUGCCGCUACGCUCGAGGACGAGGCUGCUCGAUAUCAUAAUGAUGAUGACCCUCCACUCGCUUCCGCACCUCCGCCAUCUGCUCCUUUUGUCCUCCCAUCCUUCCCUACACUGCCUACAGAUAUCCGAGACCCGGUCUCGUCUUUCUGCCCAAGUCCGUGACCUGACCGAGAUCCUCCAUCUCCAACAACAACUUUUGCAACUUACAACUCGCUGCUCUGCCUUCCCUACAUCCAAUCCUGCCUCCGCUAUUCCUGAGCGUUCUCCUCCAUCCAACUCUUCGCUCAUAAAUCCGGUUUUUCCUCUGUCCACCCCGUCUCAACUUACUUUUCCUGUUACUACUCACUCACAGGCAAGCCGUAUUUCUGGCCCUUCUCAAUCCACGCCUACUCGCCCUGAUCAUGUUAGCAUUAGAAUCCUUGAUGUUGAGGCCUCCGAUGAACAAAAUAGCGAAAGUGAAAGUGACGGUGAGGAGGGGCCCCAGGCUCCCAACUCCUCUAGCGCCCCUGCUAGUUCUUCCGCUAAAGCCAGAACAAAAUCCUCCUCCGAGGAGUCUGGUGACUUUCAUCCCCUUCGCUUCAAAAAAUUAGAAAAACUUAACUCAGCCGUCCGCAACUAUGGCCCUAAUGCUCCUUUUACUGUUUGCCUCCUUGAAAGUAUGGCUGGGGGCGGAUUCCUGACACCCAGUGAGUGGCUUACUGUUGUCCAAUCAGUUCUCACAAGAGGCCAAUUUCUCUCAUGGCAGGCUGACUGGUAUGACCGCUGCCGCAAUCUGGCUAAUAACAAUUUUAAAAAUCCUGACAAAGCCUCAGGAAAAUGGACAUUUAAUAAAUUAACAGGACAGGAAAAAUAUGCUCCAGAACAAGUACAGCGUGCUUUCCCUGUCAGGCUCUUAGCUCAAGCCCAUGGGGCUGCCCUUGCCGCCUGGCGGGCAAUUCCAGUUAAGGGGUCUGUUCUUUCACCCUUAACAAAGAUUAUCCAAGGCAAUAAUGAGGACUAUUCAGAAUUUGUGGGGCGCCUCCUUGAGGAGGCGGAGCGAUCAUUGGGAUCCGAUAAAAUAGAACGAAAAGAGAUUAAACUCCUUAAACAGCUGGCCUUCGAAAAUGCUAACUCUGCCUGUAAGGCAGCCCUGCGGGGCAAAUAUAAAGAUAAAAACCUUCCUGAGAUGAUCUGUAUCUGCUCAGAUGUUGACACCUUUACUCAUAAGAUGUCUCAGGCCAUAAGUCUAGUCAUGGGAGCCGCACAAGGUCCCAGUUCAAAAUUCCCUUGUUUUAAAUGUGGACAAGUGGGACAUUUUGCACGGCAAUGCCCUCAACAAAAUUCUUCCCCUUCAGGACAAAAUGGAGGGCUUCCUUGUCCCUUGCCCACUACUGUUUGUCCACGUUGUCGGCGGGGCAAACAUUGGGCCGAUGCCUGCCGCUCCAAAACGGAUGCCACGGGAAAUCCUCUCCCUCCCCAACAGGGAAACAUGAGGAGGGGCCAGCCCCGGGUCCCUAUCAACUUCAUGCCGGCCUCGGGGGUAAGCCAGCCAUGCCACAAUCAGACCCUAACGCAGCCAGCGCCAGACCAACAGCCUGCCUUCGCAGGGCCACUCCCGGGAGCGCAGGAUUGGACCUCUGUGCCUCCAUCGACUCAAUUCUAA